GUCCAGACAAGUCCUUGGUACAAGAUUAGCAUAAGCAGACAUGUCAGGGCAAGACCCAGGUAUAAGAUGAGCAUAGACAAAUAUGUCUUAAGUACCCACCACCCAAAAGUACAAUAGAAGUUCCUUUGCACGUCUGGAGCCUGAGGCGAGUCAGGUGAUGAGAUUUGGCUUCCUUUGGCUAACAAUGAGCCCAGCAAUUUUCACCUCUGAGAACUUCCUGGAGUCCUUUUUCAAGGGGAAAAUAGCUUUGGAAUGGAGGAAACUGGGAAAGGUGAUGAUUUUAUAUUAUUUUUAAAGCUAGGGAACUUCCCUGAGCUGUCAAGUUGAAAGGAUACAUUCAGGCAUAAUAUUUGUAAUAUUUAACUUUAAAGAUGUGCGCCCCCCCUGUAAUUUUCGUAACACUCUGGAGCAGCUCUCUCAUGAAGGCUGCCAGGGUUGGAGGGGGCAAGGCAGGUGGAAAGAGCCAUUGCCUGAUGCUGGCCAGAUGGAAAGUCUCUCUCCCCUUGCAGUUCAUAUUGAUGCAAAUAAGUGUGUGGAUACACAGGCAUUCUUCAGUAGCCAGACAUUCCAAUGACUGUUCUGUACUUUAAAAAAUGGUUUCUGAUGUUUUUAUUGUGGCUGCAGACCACCCUGGCAGGGUAACAUACAAAUAGGCACAUGCACACAUAAAGUGCCUACGAUUUAGGGAUUACAGUGGUACCUCGGGUUAAGAUCUUAAUUCGUUCCAGAGGUCCGUUAUUAACCUGAAACUGUUCUUAACCCGAGGUACCAUUUUAGCUAAUGGGGUCUCUUGCUGCCGCGCGAUUUCUGUUCUCAUCCUGAAGCAAAGUACUUAACAUGAAGCACUAUUUCUGGGUUAGCAGAGUCUGUAACCUGAAGCGUCUGUAACCCGAGGUACCACUGUAUAUACAAGUAUGUAAAAUGGAAAACAUACACGUAUAAGCAAACUUAUGUAACCAACUGUAAGUUAUGCACGUUCUUGCAUACACACACACACAGACACACGUGUACUUUCGUGUAUUCCCGAACUGGAUUUCUAGCCACGUGCAAAUAUUACUUGCAAAGUCGCCAGGAAAGCGCUAGGAGUCAUUAAUCCGGGGUUGGCGGCUCCCGCUCUCCUCAGCCUCACUAAAAAAAGCCACGGCAGAGGAAGCGGGAGCGCCGUGCGCGCGAGCAUGUGCAGAGUCCCCUCCCCGCCUCCCCUCUCACCGCGAUGGCCCCCUCGCUGAGCCGCGCCGCCAUCCCGGCCUCCUCUUCUUCCUCGGCGACGGCGCUUCUGAGGAGAGCGGGAGGGGGGCGGAGCCGGCCUCCUCGUCCCGCGCGCGCGAGGCAGCCGCCGCCGCCUUUCCCUCCGUCACGUGCUGCUGCCGCGGAGGCUCCAUUGGCCGAGGGGAGCCUGGUGAGGGCGGAAGGCGGGCCCCGGAGCCGCCUCCCCGCUUCACCGCCGGCAGCGCCGCAGCCGCGCCGGGCCCUCCUCUCGCUUUCGCGCCUUUUCGCGCUGAGGUGGAAAACAACGGGAGGAGGAAAGGCGCGCAGAUUCCCGCGCGGGCGCUUCUUCUGAGGCGCCUUUGGUGGUCGGGGCGGCGGGGGCGAGAACAUUGAGGGUCGGGGGCACCGAACAGCCUCCCUCCGCUCUUUCUUGGUGCGGUGUUAUUGCCGCCAUUGCUAUUAUUAUUAUUAUUAUUAUCCUCGCUCAAGUAGCAUGACGGGGUUGUGUCUAAGUUUUAGUCGGACUAGACCCCUCCUCUGCCAGGCGAGGGGCCAAGAGAUUUCUCUGCCGCAGCUGUAAGCCGCCUUGAGCCUCUCUCGGGAAAAGGCGGGGUACGAGAAGCAAGAGCGAGUGGUUAGGGAACUGGGUACAACAAUUGUUGUUCUUCUCCUCCCCUCCUUUUGCAGCACUGCUAUUAUAGUUCUAUUAUCAGUAUACUUACAACUUACUACUCAACCUUCACCUGCAGGUUCCAGGGUGAGUCACAACAGUUUAAAAUUCUGAAUUAAAAAGAAUGAAAAAAACACUGCAAUCACAAUGCUAGGCUGGGUAUUAAAUGUAUGAAUAUUUGUGAGGGUGGGUAGAGAGAAAGAGACCAACGUUCAGUUCUGGCUACCCCCAUUUAAGAAGGAUAUUGAGAAGCAGGAACGAAGGUGACCAAGAUGGCAAAGGGUCUUGAGACCAACCUGAUGAGGAACAGUUGAAGGAGCUGGGGAUGUUUAGCCUGGAAAAGAGGAGAUAGAGCCAUCUUCAAAUAUCUCAAGGGCUGUCGCAUAGAAGAGGAACAUGCUUGCUUGCUUCUGCUCCAGAGGGUAGGACUCGAACCCAUGGCUUCAAGUUGCAAGAAAGGAGAUUCCGACUCAACAUCAGGAAGGGAUGUUCAAAGUGGAAUAGUCCCCCUCAGAAGGUGGUGGACUCUCUUUCAUUGGAGGUUUUUAAGCAGAGGUCGGAAGGCCUUCUGUCAUAGAUGUGUUGAUUGAGAUUUCUGCAUUGCAGGGGGUUCGACUAGAUGACCCUCGGGGACCUUUCCAACUCUACAGUCCUAUGGUUCUAUCUCAAGUGCCAAAUGCCAGGGGGAAGAGGUGUGGUUUCAGCAUAGGAUGAAAGCUCUGGGGAUGGGAUUUCUAGUUCUUUUUGGAGCAGUACCAUUAUUGCUGUCAUCGUCCUUGUCCUGCUUCUUCUUCCCUCCAGGGUGACAAGCACCAUACUCACCUGCCCCAGCUUUACCUUCACAACAACCCUGUGAAAUAGGCUGCAUGGUAGGUGUGGGGGAUAUCUUUGGGAGGGGAGGGAUAUCUGUAGAUGUCAUCACAGCCCCUGGUCGCAAGCCAUGCUGACUGGUGGAGCCAAGAAGAAUUGGGAGCGCAAAGGCAUUUGAAGGGAGAGCCACAGCAGGUUCCUCAUCCCUGGUUAGCACCCAGAAGCACACCCUCAUAUGUCUUUGAUGCAAGAGAUUUUUUUUAAAAUGUCCAAUUUAUUAUAUAUUUUUGUCAUUAUUAGAGCAUGUAUUUUUGUGUUUUUAUACUGUAUUGUAAACCGCCCUGUGAUCCUUGGAUGAAGGAUAACUUUAAUAAAGUACUACUACUACUAAUUUUCCACCUGCUCUGGUCUAAAUUCACCCUCUGUUAAAUCAGGUAUCUUCAACCUUUUCAAGCCCAGGACCCACUUUUAACUCAAAUGUGCAUUUGGGGCACUUUUCCUAAUCUUUUACCAUAUAUUGGCAUUGCAGUAGUGCUAUUGUUUUAACCUACCAUUGCAGAGGCUUGCACUAGAUGACCCUUGGGGCAUAGCUGUCAACGUUUCCCCUUUUUUAAGGGAAAUUCCCUUAUUCCGAAUAGGAUUCCUCGCAAGAAAAGGGAAAAGUUGACAGCUAUGCCUUGGGGUCCCUUCCAACUCUACAGUUAUGUGAUUCUAUGACCCACAAGUGAGUCCCAACCCACCAGCUGAACACCAGUGCAUUAUCAAAUAGCUGUAGAUCGUAUAGCCUCUGAAUGGUUAAUCAAAAUUUGGAUGGAUUUGUUUCUAGCUUAUCAUGGACUUACCUGUGGAAAAAUGGAAGCUUUACAUUAGCCAGAAACUGACUUCACUGCAGCCAUUAUUGAAGGAACAACUUUGUCACUCCAUGUCGCUCAGGGACAGCUUUCUUCUUUCCUUGACUCUUUUUCAGUAAGUAACUUUGAGCGAUGUGUGUGAAUAUUUUGCUGAGAAGCCUGCAUGCUGUUCCUCUGCAGUUCGGCUUCUGAAAAAAACCAAAAACGUUGAGCUAGCUGCUUGACUAUGGUGAAAUUUAAUAACAUCGUUAAUUUGUGAUUGUUAUGCAGUGCCACGCGAUUCAUUUCUCGGAGGGGAGCAUGUUGCAAAUAAUGACAGCGAAUCGUGGACAGAAAAGGCAGCAAUGGCCACCAACCUAGAUGGCUCUAAAGAAGAUUAGACAAAUGCAUGGAGAGCUCUAUCAGUGGCUAGUAGCUAUGAUGGCUAUGCUCUGCUUUCACAGCUGGGGGUAACAAUACUUCUGAAUACCAGCUGCUCAAAUCAAAGCAGGGAAGAGUUGCUCUUGUGCUCAAAUCCUGCUUGCAGCUUUCCCACAAGCCAGUGUGAGACCAGGAUGCUGGACUAAAUGGGCCCCCUUUGGUUCUUCUUAUGUUCUUGCAUUAGAUUAUAACAGCCAAUACCAAUUGUAUUUGCUGCCUGAUAUGUAUUCCUGUUUGCAGAUGAGCACACAAACUAAUGCCAUUCCUGCUCUCAUUUCCUGUUUUGACAGAAUUCUGUGACAUCUCUAGUGCUGACUCUCUGCACACCUGUCUCAAAUCUCUCCCCCUGUCUCUUGCUCUUUUCUCCCUCUUGUAGUCCUGAAGAUGAAGAGUAUUUGCUCAGGCUGUCCAGGUACUAUUGUGUGAAGAAAGAUCCUAAGAUGACUCUGUCCUGCAAGGAGGAGGGGAACAAAUGGUUUCGAAAAAAGGAGUAUAGAACAGCAGCAGUACUCUAUUCCAGGGUAAAGACCUGAGAGUGGAUGAGGGCGCUCAACACCUAUUUAUUUAUUUAUUUUGUUGAUUUUUAUCCCCCCCCCCUUUUCACUCAGAGCACUCUCAGUGAAGUUUGCAAUAUAACACGAAUAAUGCAAAAAUGGGACACAGGUGGCUGGGUUAAACCACAGAGCCUAGGACUUGCCGAUCAGAAGGUCGGCGGUUUGAAUCCCCGCGACAGGGUGAGCUCCCAUUGCUCGGUCCCUGCUCCUGCCAACCUAGCAGUUUGAAAGCACGUCAAAGUGCAAGUAGAUAAAUAGGUACCGCUCCGGCGGGAAGGUAAACGGCGUUUCCGUGUGCUGCUCUAGUUCGCCAGAAGCGGCUUAGUCCUGCUGGCCACAUGACCCAGAAGCUGUACACUGGCUCCCUCGGCCAAUAAAGCGAGAUGAGCGCUGCAACCCCAGAAUCGGCCACGACUGGACCUAAUGGUCAGGGGUCCCUUUACCUUUACCUUUAAUGCAAAAAUACACUGAAAUCCAUCUACCAUAUUUUUCUCGCUUUAUUGGCCAAGGGAGCCGGCGUACAGCUUCCAGGUCAUGUGGCCAGCAUGACUAAGCCGCUUCUGGCGAACCAGAGCAGCACACGGAAACGCCAUUUGCCUUCCCGCUGGAGCAGUACCUAUUUAUCUACUUGCGCUUGGCGUGCUUUCGAACUGCUAGGUGGGCAGGAGCAGGGACCGAGCAACGGGAGCUCACCCCGUCGCGGGGAUUCGAACCGCCAACCUUCUUAUCGGCAAGUCCUCGGCUCAGUGGUUUAACCCACAGCGCCAAUUUUGCAUGGCUAUUCCUGAGAUCAAGGAGCAUGUUUUUGUCUUGCGUUUGGGUAGAACUGGAUGCCCUUUUGAAUCAAGAUGCUGGACUGAACCUUUCAAAAUGGAAUUUAGCUCAGUCUUCUUACAUGGUCGUUUCUGAGAUCAAGGAGCAGGUUUUCUUUCAUCUGUGUUUGGAAUCAAUUGGAUGGUGUUUGGAUAGCAGACUGAAGCUUUCAGCACUUCACUGAUUUUAUCUACUGAUUUCAAAACUGCUUUGCUUUUUUUGUUUUCUUAGAAAUCCUGAGCAGUGCCACGUAUGAGACUGCUAGUAUGUUAACAAAGCUAAACCACAGCAGAGCAAAAGCUAUAGCUGGGAGACUAAAAGCCAUCAAAGGGGUGUGUGAGAGAGAAAGCCUGGGAGUGAGAAGCCAUAAAAAGGAUGGGCCAGGCAAAUCCCAACAUAGGGCAGGGAGUUCAGCAUUUUGGGCACUGCCACAGAGAAGGCCCCCAUCAAAGUCUUUUCACUCAUAAGAGAGAUGGGUGUGAGGGGGGGGUGUAGUGGUUAAGAGCAGUAGACUCGUAAUCUGGUGAACUGGGUUCGCGUCUCCGCUCCUCCACAUGCGGCUGCUGGGUGACCUUGGGCUAGUCACACUUCUUUGAAGUCUCUCAGCCCCACUCACCUCACAGAGUGUUUGUUGUGGGGAAGGAAGGGAAAGGAGAAUGUUAGCCGCUUUGAGACUCCUUUGGGUAGUGAUAAAGCGGGAUAUCAAAUCCAAACUCUUCUCCUUCUCUUUUGAAGGCACACCAGUGCAUUUUGCCUCUGCAGUUAGCUGUGUCCUGUGGCUGAACUGAGGUUCCAACCAGAAACUUCCCAGCUCUUGCCCUUUAGCCACUCUGCUUAUUUUGGCCUCCUCUUUCUCUGAUCUUUCCAGGCACUGUCCCACGCAGAAGCCAGCAGCCCAGAAAUGGCAGUGUGUUAUGCCAACCACUCGGCAGCUCUUUUCCACCUGGGUCAGUUUGAGGUGAGUUGGGGCCAACCAAGCAUCACAUUGUCCAAAGCCAUUGUUUCCAGCUGGAGGCCUGGCAGUCAGAAAGUCACAUGCCCCCAGAAGCAUUUGUGUGUCUGUGUGUAUAGUGCAAGCACUGCAAUAUGUAGGGCUCCCCCACCUUUGGGGAAUCCGGGUUAUCGCUUAGAGUUAGAGCAUUGUUCUUGCAUUCCGACAGUCCCAGGUUCAACCCCUGGCUUUUCCAAGAAGGGCUUCUUCUGCCUGAGCCUCUGUCAGUCAGUGUAGAUUUUACUGAGCUAGAUGGCCCAAUAUUCUCACUCAGCAUAAUGCAGCUUCCUGUGUUUCUAACAUGGUAAUGCACUCUCUGAUUCUAAAGAUUGUAAAAUAGCUCUCACUGCUUAUUGUGCCUGACUGAGGUUAACUGCAGGAUAGUGAUUUCCUGUAAGUAGAAAGGUGAAAGCUUGGGGGAGCAGGGGUGUGGGAAGUAUCAUUAGCAUGUAAGCACUUCUGGGGGAAGCCAUUUACAACACAAAGAGAACCUUGCAUGGUAUACAUGGCACUUGUAACUAGCAAGCUGGCAAGUGGUGGGGCAGAUGAGGACCUAGUUGUAGCUGUAAAUGUAAUAAGAAAGUUGAGCAACAGAAUAAGCAGAGCUUAGGACAUUGUAGUAUCCACAACCCCCUUUUCAAGCUUUCAGAAAACCUUUAUUUUCUCCGCAGGUUUGUUUGGAGGACAUUAAGAGGGCACAGGGAGGGGGCUACCCAGAAGAACUGCUCCCCAAGCUGUUGCUGCGGAAGGCCAACUGCCUCCUUUCUCUAGGUCGAUUUCAGGAAGUGACAGAAGCCCUAGACAGCAUGGAGGAGAAAAUGUCUGCAGUCCAGAGUCUGGAAGCUGCCAGCCAUCAUGUGCUGCUUAGUAAAUUGAACCAGCUGAAACUCAAAGCCUGCAAAGGGAAGAGUGGUUCAGUCUGUCAGCCUGCUGUGUCUGACAGGAUCCAGAAGGAUUUGGAGCCCUGGGAGGAGAGCAGUAGGAUUUCAUGUGCCUCUGCAUCAGUGAGCCUAAACUUCUCUGCGUGCAAAGGGCGCCAUUUAGUUGCCGCCAAGGAUAUCCUUCCUGGCGAACUCUUAGUGAGGGAAGAGGCGUUUGUAAGCGUGCUGUGCCCCGGGGAAAGCCUCUUGCUUCAAGGCAGUGCAGAGGCCAUGUUGAAUGGGCAGCCGGCUAACGAAGAUCUUCACUGCCACCAUUGCUUGAAGCAGCUGCUGUCGCCUGUUCCCUGCCAGGGGUGCAGCUAUGCCAAGUACUGCAGCCAUGCCUGUGCCCAGCUGGCAUGGAGGACCUACCACAGCAGAGAGUGCUCCUUCGGGGGACUGCUUCUGACAUUGGGAGUGUUCUGCCAUGUCGCCUUAAGAUCGGUUCUGGUGGCAGGCUUUGCAGAGGUCAGCACUUUAAUAAAGCAGUCACACACAGAGGAAGUGGUGACAGAACCUGUUGCUGAAGCACCAGCUCCCAGUGUGGUUGUAGAAGAGAACUCGGCCUCCUCCAUUCCUGGCUGUGAUGCUGAUGGGCGGUACAGCAGUUCCUACCAAGCCAUCUUCUGCCUUUUGCCACACACUGAAAAGCACAGCCUUGAGCUCAGGCUCCUCUACAGCCUGAGCGUUGCUGCCUUGUGCAAGAGGCUUGGAGAAGCUGGUCUGGAGGCUUUCAUUUCAGGGAAGAGCACACCUGAAGACCAGGGAGGACCAGAAGCUGGCAAAGCAUGUCCUGAGUGGGAAGUCCCAGGGGAGGCCAUGCUGAGGCACAUGCUGCAGCUGCAGUGCAAUGCGCAGGCAGUGUCUGCACUCCACGUGUCAGGUGAGUACACAUGGGAUUGCUCUUUCUCAUGCUUGGACUCCCUAGAGGAGAUGGGCAGAGAGUGUGUUAUACAUGAGGAAGCACUUUUAAGAACUGGAAGCUGUAAAGGCCUCCAGAUUCUUCUGGCUGGGUUCUCUCCUUCACUGCUGAAGGCAGUAAAUGCCUCUGAAUACCAGUUACCACUCACAUUAUACAUUUCAUUGGUAGUGAGAGGUAUUGGAGGGCAGGGUGUGGUUGGUUGGCUGCAAUGGGGUUUGUUUGCAUUUGUGAGGAGGGGAGGGCUUGUUGGGUCAGGAAGCCAGAUUGAUUUGUAUGCUGUUGAUGGAUUCUUUUUGUCUUGUUGGGCUAUGAAUGUGAUUAAGGGGAGUCAUACCAGGGUGAACGCAUCCUCUUCUAUUUAUCCCCUUGUCAGUUUCAGUUUAUUGGUUAGCUUUUCUAGGAAGGGCCUAUCCUGAGCCAGGUGCCACCCAUUGUUGACUGAAGCGGAGUUCGCUCAGGAGUUGGCUUCCUUUGGGUGGGUUGUGUAUUUCCUGUAGGAAGGCAAUGGGUGGUUUCAUGGUGUUUACUUACAAGUUGGUGCGUUUUCUUUUGAUCAGGUUUCCCAGUCCCCUCACAUUUAGUGUAAUUGCUUUUAAGCUAGCCAUUUUGUUUGUCUAUUUUACAGGAUGAUUCCCUGCUAACCUGUCUGGGUUGUCCUGUGUUUCUCACCUUAUAUUGGCUAUUGAACCUAAUGUGCUGAUACAUAGUGUGGUGGGUGGAGGAAGAGCAGGGGUUAGUGUUAGGAAUGGGCUGAAGAUUGGGGGGUAGGUUAUAGAGAGUAAUCUUUAUGUAGUUAUAUUGGUGUUUGUUUGGGGUAGCUUAGACCAUUUGGCUCCCAGCCAGUUGGUCCUGUGUCUCAUCUGGCAUGGAUGGCCUUGUUUAAGAACAGGCUGUCCCCCCUUUCACUUGCAAUAGGGGUGUGUCAGUGAGAUGGUGCCAAGCGCCUUUGUGGCACUUGUGUUGGGUGUAAAAUUUAUAAAGAAUGUUGUCUGCUGGGCUGUUGGUGGGGUGCUCCCAGUCCUGGUGGGGUUGAGACCACUGGUGGGGCUGGGGGCUCUGUGUGGCCUCCCUGGUUGUCACGUUGGACACCCCUGGUUGCCGUCCCCCCCCCCCAGUGGUGGUGGCAGUGUUGGCACGGGGACCAGCCAGGUCCAGGACCUGCCAACCCCCCAUCGGUGCUGGCGGUCCUCAGGUGCUCCACUCAGCCAUAGUGCUCUCACCAUCUUGCCUUGUCAGAUGUCCAGCCAGCCUCUUCUGAUGUUCUUAUGGAUUCCUCUUGUCCCUAAAGGCCUCAUUGUCACUUUCACUCAGGGGCUGAAAAUGGGCCAGUGGUGAGCAGCAAACAGGUGCGUGUGGCCACAGCUCUCUACCCCGUGGUCAGCCUCCUGAACCACUCCUGUGAGCCAAACACCAGCGUGACUUUCAGCAGCAGAACCGCAGAGGUCAGAGCUUUGAAGUCAAUCCCAAGAGGGCAGGAGAUUCUCCACUGCUAUGGUGAGUAACUGCUAUCAUUUGGCUGAGGAGGGGACCAGGUGAACUGAUGCCUGGAAACCCUGUCACGCUUCUCUCAAGAGAAGCCAAAAUGUACCAGUGGCGUAGGUCUUGGGAUCUUAUCUUUGCUUGUACCUCCUCCCUUUCCCUUUUCUCCCUCCUUGACUGAAAACGGGGCUUAAGGGCCUCAUGCCUGCAGAUCAGCCUCAUUAGUUUCUUGGUUAUGCUGAAGAUGUUCUGGGGAGCUGCUCUCAAAUUCCUCAGGAUGCUGGAAUUUGGAAAACAAUUUCUCUGCUUCUUUCCAACAUUUCAACAUGCUUUUUGUCAAAACGGUUACAGCUGAGUUCUACGAUUUUAUCAUUUUUAUUUCAAUUACUGUAUCUGGGAUUGAAAGUGAAUUUGAGAACCCAGCCAACUGAUGAGCGAGAUAUAAAUUUUUAAGUAGUUAACACAAUAUCGCAUUUCUGGGUGACCCGAGUGCAUGGAAUUUUUCCAGCUCAGGAAAGCUCAGGCCAGAGUGAAAGGUGCACACAGGAAGGCACCAAAAGAGCCACACUCUUGAAAGUGUCCAAUUAUUCAUUUCAGUUAUUUAUAUCCCACCUUUCAUGAUACAAAUCAUUCCAAUGCCAAGACACUGUAAACAACUUUUUUUUUUUUAAGUAAGGUAUACCAAACAACAAAAAGCCUUAAGGUCCCCCCUGAGGUGGCCUUCGCCUGCCUCCUGCUCUCUCCUGGAACCCUCCCCGUAGGCGAGUUGAUAGUGGAUGAGGACCCCGUGGGACAGAGAAGGGGGAAAGUGUUUGUGCCUGUUCAGGGCCAAACUCAGGGGAAAUAAGCUUUCUGGUUUUGCAGUGGGAGAUGGCAUGCUGUUGGUCAAGAUGUCAGCCUCACCUCUCCAGAUCUGUUUUACAACCUUUAAAAAAAUUGACCAUGCUUAUUUCCUUUAAAAGCCAUCCAUUAAACAUUAAAUUGAAUGAAGGCAGUGUUCUAACUCUUUUAUACGUUUUUUAAUGGCCAUCAACCUGCCCACGUUACUGGGAGGGGCAAGACCUGAGAGCUCAAAUAACAUUGGGAUUGCUGGCAAGUCUGCUUGUUUCUGGCAAAGCAAAGGCAGCAGGAGGAAGGUGGACUCAGAACCACAGAAAAACGUGGUGCAGGAGCAGUGGCUUUGAUCUGCUUUUGCAAGCACCCUACACUCCAGAUCAGUUUCCCCUUGUGGCUGUGGCUAUUCUUUGUGUCCUCUCUCAACAGGGCCUCACAGGUGCAGGAUGGGGGCUGCCGAAAGGCGUAAGCGGCUCCUUUCUCAGUAUUUCUUUGAAUGUUGCUGUCUGCCCUGCUUGGAGGAGCUGCAGCCCAACUCAGGAAAGAGAGCAUCCUCCCAAGGCGGUCUCUUCCGUUGCCCUGCCUGCCACAAGCCCAUGCAGCAGGUAAUGCUCUGACAGGGUUGCUUCUGCGGUAUUGAACGGGGCAGCUGCAUCUUUGACUGGGGGGGGGGCACAGCUCUCCAGUUUACAAGCUGAGGACGUUCUCCGCUUAUGAUAGUUAAGAACGUAAGAGCAGCCCUUCUGCAUCAAGUCACAGGCCUCUCCAGGCAGGCAUUCUGUUCCCAUGAGCCAGCAUGAAGGCAAACAGGCCUUUCCCACUGUCGUUCCCCACCAAUUGGCACCUAGACAUGGAAGAGGCAUCGUAUGGCCAUUGCAGCUUCGGGACACCAGUCCACGCUGUGGUGUGCUUGCCUGGUGGUUUUAGCCUUUCUCGCAUCCCUUUGCUUUCCCCUUUCAUGAUAUAACUAAAGGAAUAUUUGAAAAGGAAUUUCUCCACACAUAGUUGUGGAACUCACUCCCAGAAGAGGCAGUGAUUGCUGCUAACUUGGAUGGCUUUAAAACAGGAUCAGACACAUUCAUGGAGAAGGAGAUGGCUAUUGAUGGCUGCUAGCCAGGAUGAUAAUAAUAAUAAUAAUAAUAAUAAUAAUAAUAAUAAUAUUUAUACCCCGCCCAUCUGGCUGGGUUUCCCCAGCCACUCCGGGUGGCUUCCAACUGAAUAUUGGACUAGGAUGGCUGUGUUCUGCUGCUACUGCUGGAAGCAGUAAAGGCCUCUGAACAAUUGUGGUUGGUUGGCUGGGUUUUUUUAAUUCAUUCAAUUUUUAUACUCCCCUGCUGGGAAACACAGGUGGGGGGAGUUGCUGUUGCACUCAGGUCCUGACAGCAGGCUUCUUGCUGAGUUGGCUGUUGUGAGAACAGGAGGAUGUACUAGUUGGGGCCCCUUUGGCCUGAUCCAGUUACGGUGCCCUUUUUCAUUGUGAGAGUAAUGCUCAUGUCAUUUGCUGCAAAGGCACUCAAGCCGUUUUUUGCAUAAAUUGGGCUGGAUCUUUGCCUGAGUCGGUUUAUGGGGUGCCCUUUUCCCCCAAGCACCACGUGGCUCAGGGGUGUGAUGGAUGAGGCUCUGUAAUGUGAUAGAAACAGGGAGCUGUCCGGUGGGUUUUUCCAGGGUGCAGAGGGUUUGCUCCAUUGCUCCAGUGGGGCCUGCGAAGUACGAGUUCAUGAGGAUCACUUCCAGCAUCAGCUCUGUGACCUUCGACUGCAAGCCGAGGCGGCCUUGGAGCUUCUGCAGUGUGGCCACCCAGGUGAGCAUCUUCUGCAACAAGUGCCUGUGCUGCUGCUUCCUCACUGACCAGUUGGUCAGUGGACCCUAGGGUGUCGUGUUCCUGAUGACCACAUGGGGGCAGCAUUGUUGUAUUCAGGCUGUUCCCUCUUAAGGAGUCGCCUUUAAGGAAAUACUGAAGGGGAGAGGCCAGAUAAAGUGUGAGGCUUAAAAACACCCAAGAAACUCAGGCAGGGCCUCUCCCUGGGUAGCUUGUGUAGCUAGAAGAGUCGGGUGGGAACCAGGAAGCCCUGGCUUUAGCUACUUAAACGUUUCUGCCAUACCUUUCUGCAGCAUUAUGAGCCACUCAAGGCAUCUCACAGCAAAUCGGCCCUUAAUAACAAUAAAAACAAAAGGUGACACUUUUAUCUGUCUCGACAGCAAACCUCCACAGCCGCACAUAUGCAAAACAAUACAGAGAUCGUAAUAGAAAUCUGCCCCACAGGCCUCUUGUGAAUAUAGCCAAGGCUGUCAUGUGUCCAUCUCACAACUGCAUUGGGCCUGGGCCUCUUGAAUUUCCAGAUCAGUCGAUGGAGCUGCUUCUGAAAUGCAGGUUGGAUGCCAAGAGAUUCCUCUCUCCAGCGCACUUGAUGGUGGGAGAGAUUGAGGAUCACCUGGCGCAGGCCUACGUCACCCUGGGUAAGGUGCUCUUUUAAACUAAGGGGGGAAACCCUUUUUGGCUCUGCCAGCCAGAGCCUUAUCUGGCCCCACCCCUGCAGACCACCCCACUUCCUAAUCAGAUGAUGUAAUUAUGAUAACAGAUGAGUGACAGGUAACCUGUCCGGCCCAACUGUCAAAAUCCCAAGCGCUCCGCUGGCUGUCAGGCCCUUGGGAAUCCCAAGCAAUGCACUUUGCAAUCCCUGUGCAGGCAAUACAGCCUGCUUCAGCUCUCCUGCCCAUCAGCUGAUCAUAGCUGCAUAUAUUCCUAGCACAUCCCCCACAGCAUUCACUGUCUUCCUAAACCGAAAAAUCCCAAAUGCACCAACCUUUCCUUGUAAAAAUGGUGUGCCAGAUUUUUCAUCAUUUUGUCCUCUUUCAACACCUUUUGCCAGCUCUCUGAUAUCCUUUCUUGAAUCAGGGUGGCCGGAACUGUGUACACUAUAUUUAUUCCAAGUUUGGUUGCAACAAAUAAUUACAUAAGGCAUUACGAUAAGUGCAGUUUUAUUUUCAGCCACUUCCCCGACAUCCUCCAGCAUGGAAUCUGCCUUUUUUUGACACAAUCAGACUCUGAAUUAUCAUUGUCCUUGAGCUAACCACGGUGACCCCAAGCCCUGCCAGCUAAGAUCCCCUAAGUCUGCAUAUAUGGAGUUAGGGGUGGGUUUGUUUGUCUGUCUGAUUGUCUUCUCCAGUAUGCAUCACUUUGCACUGAUAUUUGGCAGUUUGCACUUGAGUAUUAAGUUUGCAUGAUUGAUUGAUUUUGCAAGGUUCAUAUAAUCUUAAAAUGGGAGCUUGGCAGCAGGGCUGUGAUGAUAACAGCCCAUGAGAUAAUACAUACAGGCAUACAGGCAACCACCAUUGCUUAGAGCUAGAGCCCUCCGUAAUCCGUAAAUAGAUAGCAUUUAAGAUAAUGAGAGCAUGAAGCAGUAGCUGUGAGGAGGCUAAGGAAGCACUCUGGCGCCCAGUGAAAUGAUCCCCACAUUAUUUCUUCUACCUUGCUCCCAAUCUUUCCCAGGGAAAUGGCAGGAAGCAGCAGGGCAUCUACGCAGCAGCAUCCAGACUGUGGAAGCCCAUUACGGCCCCUCCAGCAUAGAAGCAGGCCAGGAGCUCUUCAAACUGGCACAAGUCCUCUUCAAUGGGUAAGUGCCCCUCCCCCACCCCCUAUGGUGGCUCACAAGGCACAUGCUUCCGCAUAGCAGUGGACAGGAGCAGCGUGCUUUUCAGAAGGGGCUUUUCAGCGCUGGCCUAGGGAAAGCAGCUGAAGGGUUCACACAGAGGGGUUUUGUGGCCCACCCUGCAUCCCCUUAGGGGCUGUGGAGAAAAUGGACUUACCUGUGUCAUAGGAGUGGGAGGCAUGUCUUGGGGUUGCCUCAUCUGACCCCUGCCUCUAUUCAAGGCGGAAGGUCCUGCUCUGGAAGUGUCCGCAAGAGCCAGCUUUUCACUGGAACCCUCCAAAAAGAGCCUGAGCACUUUGCUGUGUUACUCAAGGGCUGAAUCACAUGGGAAGUUAAUUGCAUGUUAAGAACAUGUGUAUAUUUUUAAUGUAAACAGCAGCUGCUAAGCCUGGAAGCCAUGUGGAGGGGGAGGUUUAGUUUUCCCCCCUCUCUCUCCCCCUCCCUGCCACGGUCAGGAUGAAUUGCUUUUCAGAGAGAUUUUUGUCCAGAUUGUGGACAACUUGCUGUUACAUAACACCAAGUUCUUCCUAAAAAUUAACUCCCCAGAACCUCCAUCCCUAUUUUUUGCUGCCUCCUCAUCCUUCCUGAGGCCUCCUGCUCUCCCUCCCUUCAGCCUCUUCUCCUUCUGGACUCUUCUUCAUUUUGGGUGGCUGAGAUUAGGUCCAGAGCUCAGCUUGGGGUUCUGUUGAGGGGAGGGAGCCAUUGCUGCAGCCCUUUCAAGAAUGCCUCCUUUUCUUCUGUGGCCAGGCGUGCUGUACCAGAAGCCCUGCACACCAUCCAGGAGGCUGAGAAUGUUUUGUCUAGGCACUUCGGCCCCCAGAGUACCCAGCUGCAAGAGCUGCAAGAGAUGAAAGCCUGCCUGGAAGAGUUGCUCAGAGGAGGCGGAGCCUCUGUUGCCAGUGCAAGACCCAAGAUGUCGUAAGUGAGAAACAUGCAGGCCGCCCAGUUAGGCUGCUGUUUGGUACCCUUGGGGGGAUGAAGGCACCUGAAUGAUGGGAAGGACACACCCUUUGUACUCUGGGCAGCCAGAGGCAGGGAGCAAAUCAUGUGAUAUUGGCAAACUUCAUUAAACUUCCCCAAAGGCUUGAAAAACCA